UCAUGCAAUAAGACAAUCACCACUUGAAUCAACACUUAAUCUUAAUAAUCAUUAUUACAAUCAUAAUAAACGCUUUAUAUAUUAUUUUUUACUGCAUAUAUUAACGCCAUUAAUAAUGACAAUGUCUGACAUAAGGCAUAUUUGAUGUCAUUUUGUGGUCAAAUAUCUGAUUAAAAUAUUCUGUGAUGACUUCGACAACAAAUUCUCGAAGUAUUGAUAGCAACGAACAAAUGACAGGAAGAGGAGUGUCUAAUAAUGCUGUGUUUCACGACCAGAGACCACCAGAACUUGGUUUCGACAAUAUUAAUGUUACCAUUAGAGUACGGCCGGUGUCAACAAAAUACGGUCUUUAUAGCGAUCGUAAGGAAUCGUCACUCAAUUUUCCAGACGCCGGACAAAUCCAAGUUUGCGAUCCUAUAUCAGGAACGAGUCGUUCGUUUACAUUCAAUGUAGUCUUUGAACCGGAAGCGACACAAGAAGAAGUGUUUGAGCACUCGGGAGUCAAACGGCUCAUUGAUAUGUCUCUCGAUGGUUUUGCCUGUACAGUAUUGGCUUACGGCCAGACCAGCUCAGGAAAGACAUACACAUUGACAGGCAAUGCAUUUGAGCAAAUUUCUACGUCCGAGAGUACAAUCACUGGUAAAGGAAGUCCUAAUGAUGGCAGAGGAGAGGGACAGGGAGAUAGAGGAGAGAAGAAAAUGAUUGGUGUCAUGCAAUUAGCGUUUGCAUAUCUGUUUGAACAAAUCAAACUCAGAAAAAACAGAAGUCUUUUCUACAUUAUUCAUGUCUCUUACCUUGAAGUCUAUAACGAACAGGUUCUCGAUCUGCUUAACCCAUCGCCAAAGAGUCUAAAUGUUAGGUGGGCUAAGGACAGGGGUUUUUAUGCUGAGAAUCUAUUUAAAGUCGAGUGCGAAGACAUUGGAGAUCUCGAGGGAGUUCUCGAAGAAGGAUGUAAGAAUAGACAGGUUCGCAGUCAUAGUAUGAAUGAUAACUCGAGUCGAUCGCACUCUGUUAUGACCAUCACAUUGGCCUCUGAAACCCAAGACCCAGAGGAUCCACAGGGAUAUAUUAGACGAGAGGGUCGCUUAUGUAUUGUUGAUUUGGCAGGCAGUGAGAAAACAAAGAGAACUAACAGUAAAGGAGAGACACUAAUUGAAGCCAAUAAUAUCAAUCGCUCUUUGCUUGUUUUAGGCAACUGUAUUUCCUCUCUGGCCGACCCUAAGAGGAGAAGCGGUCACAUUCCCUAUCGAGACUCUACUCUCACUAAACUAUUGGCAGACAGUCUUUCUGGAAGUGGAAUGACUUUAAUGAUAGCUUGUGUAUCCCCCCAUAAGUUGGACGCAUCGGAAACAAUCAAUACUUUGCGAUACGCGGCCAGAGCUAAGAAAGUCAAGACUCAUCCUAUCGUUCAAAUGGAUCCGCGAGAACUACUAAUAUUGAGUUUGAAACGAGAGGUCCGUUUGUUGCGAAUGGAGAAUAACUAUUUGAGACAACAGCUGAAUCUCGGCAAUGGAUAUUUGGUUAGUACUAGUAAUGGAUUGGCCGGUAAUAAGACGAGCACAGAGAGGCCCACUUCUAACGAGUCAAACGGAUCAAUGGAUGAGAAGAUCCAACUGAAUGGAGAAGCAGGUCUACAGCCAGAGAUACUAAAUAAAUAUAUGCAGGAAAACGAGUCAUUGCGAGCCGAGAACUCGCAACUACAUCAACAGAGACAGACCCUAAUACAUGACCACGAAUUGGUUUGUCGCGAAAAUGAACGACUCUUGAGAAGACUGUCUGCCGCCGGAGAUAAUGCCGACUCAACCGCAAGGCUUACCAUUGAAGAUGAAUGCGUUGACAGCAAUCACUUAUCGUCAGAUCUCAAGAGUAAUGCUAUGAAAGAUCUAAAGGGGAGUCGUAGACAAGCAUUGGAUAAUGAGAGACAAACAAAAGCCAUACAACAGAAUCAACUACUGGUCCAACACAACGGUUCAGUUGAUCUGAGCCCAAACUUUGAGUUGAGAGGAACGUCAGCAGCAGCUGCACGCACCAGAAUAAUUAGGAAGAGCAACAAAUAACUACCUGAGCUAUCAUAACAUUGAUGCCCAUUAGCCACAAUCAUUGGUGUGCCUUUCCUCGCAAAUUCCUACCUGUAAUCUGACAUCACUUUACUAUUUAUUGCUGAGCAUUGAGAACAUGGAGUCUCCAAAUAGUAGAGUCAGACCAGUGAUGAUUGUAGUGAUGCUGAGUUAACCAUUGAGCUCCAGUGAUGGCCUAUUUUAUUAUGAAUACCAUUACCGAUGGUCGUCACGAUUUAUCGAUUGUAUUACAUAUCACUUAUAAAGAGCCCAACAAAUCACGCGCUUAACAACUGUGCGCUUCUCAUCAUAAUUAGUGCUCGUUUGAAAUCAUUUAAAACUAUUUGAAAUCAUUUUAGGAUAAUCACUAAUGAUUCAUAUUUAGACAUA